AAACUUUUCCCCGGAGGCGGGAGUUUCACCAAGAACUUCAAAGUUUUAGUCCACCGGAGAAAUUAAUCUCGUCAUCAUUCUCCACUGCCGGCGAUGGGAUGCACUUGCUUCAAGCCUUGGCGCCGAUCGCCAUCUCCGUCGAUUAAAUCUACCGUCAUCGACGAUCUAGGCGUUCUCGCUGCAGAGAAUAAGGAAGACGACGACGGAAGCUCUUGUCCGAAUUUCCGGGUAUUCAGCUUGGAACAGCUGAGAGUCGCGACUGACGGAUUCUCAGCCGGCAACAUCGUGUCGGAGCACAACGAGAGGGUUCCAAACAUCGUCUACAAAGGGAAGCUCAACGACGGCAGACAGAUCGCCGUCAAGCGGUUUCAGAGACUUUCAUGGCCUGAUUCUUCCGAAUUCAUCGAAGAAGCACAAGCAGUGGGGAGGUGUAGGAGUGAGCAUAUGGCCAAUUUGAUCGGUUGUUGCUCAGAAGGUCACGAGAGGCUUCUCGUUGCUGAGUACAUGCCCAAUGGAACACUUGCAAAGCAUCUCUUCCACUGGGAGAAACGACCAAUGAAAUGGGAAAUGAGGUUGAGGGUUGCGUUACAUACUGCGACAGCCUUGGAGUACUGUAAUGAUAGAGGAAUCGACUUGUACCAUGAUCUUAACACUUACAGAAUAUUGUUCGACAAGGUUGGGAAUCCCAGGCUGUCUUGCUUCGGUCUCAUGAAGUGUAGCAGAGAAGGGAAGAGUUACAGCACGAAUUUGGCAUUUGCUCCUCCUGAAUAUUUGCGUAUAGGCACUGUGAUACCGGAGAGUGUCAUAUUUAGCUUUGGGACCUUGUUGCUGGAUCUUAUGAGUGGCAGACAUAUUCCACCAAACCAUGCACUUGAUCUGUUCCGUGGUAAAAACUAUUUGGUGCUAAUGGAUUCAGCUCUGGAUGGUCAAUUCUCUGAUGAGGAUAGAACGGAACUAAUCCACCUAGCUUCUCGCUGUUUGCGUCCUGAACCAGACGAGAGGCCAAGCAUAAAGUUUCUUAUGUCGGCUCUUUCGAGACUUGAGAAACGAGCUGAGUUAUGGCCCAACGUCAAAGGAGAAGACAUCCCUACUCCAUCACACACUGAACCGCCAAGAAAGCAACCAUUGCGCUUAACCCCUCUUGGAGAAGCAUGCUGGAGAGUGGACCUAAGUGGCAUACACGAACUACUCGAGAAACUCGGGUAUGGAGAGGAUGAUGUGGUCGUCACAAAUGAGUUCUCAUUCCAAAUGUGGACGGGUCGAAUGCAAGAGAAUAUGGAUUACAAAAAGCAUGGAGAUGCCGCAUUUCGUGCUAAGGACUUUGAAACCGCAGUUGAAUUCUACUCAGAGUUCAUGAGCGGAGCACCAGUGGUAUCACCAACCGUAUUAACCAGACGGUGUCUUUGUUACUUAAUGAGCGACAUGUUCAGCGAGGCUCUAAGCGAUGCGAUGCAAGCUCAGGUUGCAUCACCAGAGUGUUCAGUCGCUCUCUACUUACAGGCGGCUUGUCUCUUAAAGCUUGGGAUGGAGGCUGAAGCUAAAGAAGCACUUAGACAUGGCUCUUCUCUCGAAGCUUUCUAGAGUUACACGAACAACAACAACAAAAAGCCACAUCUGUACAGUUUCUUUCUCUGCAUACGUAUUUAGAAAUGUGAAUACAAACAUAGCAGAUACUACUAUACAUGUUUGCUUUUUUUAGUUCGCUUGAGAGAAUCUUGGUGUACCAUCAGAUUUUUGUGUGCUAAAACCGGAUUUUCUUGCCAUUUUCCCUUGAUCUUAACUGGAUUGUGGAUUUGUUUUUACUACACGUUCACACUAAUUCGUAGUAUUAUGAUAUUGAUCAUCA